AUGGCACCGUCACUCGAAGAGCCCGUUCUUACUACUCCUCCGGCUCCAAUCCACACUCGGGGCCACUUCACCGUCCCCAAGAAAGAGACCACAGCAAACAACAAGUUCCACUAUGAGCCCGGUCGCACGACCGUGAAAAAACAUGUCGACUACCCAUACGAAGACCUGCUGCCCUCCUUCCCGGACGUCCACUGGGCUCCGCUGGAAUACACGCCAUACGAGGACAAGGGUCUUCGCGGCGAUCCCAAGUUCCGGAACUUGCUCCAGGAUGCCACGAGCAUCUCGGACUACACGCCCAAAAUCGGCACGGAGAUCCGGGGCGUGGAUCUAGCCCGGCUGAACGAUGCGCAACGCGAUGAUCUCGCUCGCCUCAUCGCAUACCGCGGCGUUGUGUUCUUCCGCGCUCAGAAGAACUUUGAUGUUGAUGCCCAGCGCGAGCUGGGGAAGUACUUUGGCAAACUGCACAGGCAUGCCACCACCGCCGUGCCGAAGCGCGAAGGCCUCGACGACGUGCACGUCGUCUUCACGGGUGACAACUCGGGUGACAACCGCGCGCUCUUCACCCCCAGCUUCCUCUGGCACUCAGACGUGACCUACGAAGAACAACCACCUUCCUACACCUCACUGAAACUCCUCACGGGACCUCCCAGCGGUGGCGGCGGCGACACGCUCUGGUCCUCGCAGUAUGCCGCAUACGACGUGCUCUCCUCACACAUGCAGACCUACCUCAAGGGCCUGACAGCCCUGCACUCGGCGAACAUGCAAGCGAACGACUCCCGCGCCAUCGGCCGCCCCGUCCGUCGCGACCCAGUCACUACGGAACACCCGCUCAUCCGCACGAACCCGGUCACCGGCUGGAACGGACUGUUCUUCAACCCGGGAUUUGUGACGAAGAUUGUGGGCAUCCCCACCGCGGAGAGUGAUGCCAUUGUGAAGUAUCUCACGGAUGUGGUGGCUACCACGCAGGAAAUGCAUGCGAGGUUUACGUGGGGAGAGGAGGAUGUUGCGAUUUGGGAUAAUCGGACGACGACACACUCCGCGUCCUAUGGCUUUGCACCCCAUCGCCGCCAUGGGGUCCGUGUGGCCUGCCAGGCUGAGCGGCCAGUACUGGAAGAAUGGGGCCGUUCUCAGGAGGAAGAGAUAAAUGCCUUGUAUGGACUGCCGGCAGUCAACAAGGACGGAUCGCGCCAGUCGAACUACAACGACUGA